AUGUAUGGGAAUUGUUCAAGAGUCAGUACAUGUGAUAUUUUCAUUUACUCUUCAAUGCUUCUUAUGGGUUAUGAAGAAGAACAGACGAGGAUAGAAAAAGCUUUUCAAUGUACAUUUGUUGCUGCUCCAAGCGGUAUGUUUACAACGCCCUAUGAUCUAGUGAUUAACACAUUUUACUUAAUUAUGGCACACAUAGUCAGAAUUAUCGACAUGUUGAAUAUUCAAAUCAAUGUAACACUUUCCGAAUGA